AUGGCAGUCCGCACCUUCACUCAACCCUCAUCUCUAGAAGAUACCUUGGCAUCAGCCGCUAAGAUGUCGACGGUCCAGGUGACUGGCACAGAGCGGUCUGAAGCAUCCGCCAAAGAGAGCACUCAAUCCUUCUCUGCUGAAGCACAGGCACCACUAGCACACUCCACGAACCCGAAUUCCAAGCCGGGCAUUACCUUUGCUCACCAGGACAGCCUUCCAAAGCUACCCAUUCCGGAGCUUGAGAGCUCCUGCAAGAAGUACCUUGCCGCUUUGAAACCUCUACAGUCUCCAAAAGAGCACAACGAUACCGUAUUGUCGGUGAACGAAUUCCUCAAGUCGGAUGGCCCCAUACUGCAAGAAAAGCUUAAGAAAUACGCUAGCGGAAGGAACAACUACAUUGAGCAGUUUUGGUACGAUUCGUAUCUGAACUUUGACAAUCCCGUGGUUCUUAAUCUAAAUCCGUUUUUCCUACUGGAAGAUGAUCCCACACCAGCACGCAACAACCAGGUCACACGUGCAGCCUCCCUAGUCGUAUCGGCACUUUCUUUCGUGAGAGCUGUUCGUCGAGAGGAACUACCACCUGACACCGUGCGCGGUCAGCCACUUUGCAUGUACCAAUACUCGAGAUUGUUUGGCACAGCCAGAAUCCCUACAGAACAUGGGUGCCAGAUCGGUCAGGACCCAACAUCAAAGCACAUAGUCGUCAUGUGCUAUGGACAGUUCUACUGGUUCGAUGUUCUGGACGACAACCAUGAUUUGAUAAUGACGGAAAAAGACAUUGCACUGAAUUUGCAAGUCAUCGUCGAAGACGCCCAGGAAGUCCCAAUCCAAGAAGCCGCGAAAGGAGCUUUGGGCGUGCUCAGUACAGAGAAUCGCAAAGUCUGGGCUGGACUGCGAGAUGUACUCCACCGGGAGGAUAGGUCCAACAACUCCGACUGCCUGAACAUUGUCGAUUCUGCCCUAUUUGUACUUUGUCUCGAUUAUACUGAGCCGCAGACAGGAGCUGAUCUUUGCAUGAAUAUGCUAUGUGGUACUAGUAAGAUCGAGCGUGGCGUCCAAGUGGGCACAUGUACGAACCGCUGGUAUGACAAGCUACAGAUCAUUGUGUGUAAGAACGGGAGUGCAGGUAUCAAUUUUGAACAUACUGGCGUCGAUGGUCAUACUGUACUUAGAUUUGCUUCUGACGUAUACACGGACACGAUCCUCCGUUUUGCCAGGACGAUCAACGGAAGUGCACCUAGCCUCUGGGCUUCCUCAAGUCCGGACCCUGCGAAAAGAGAUCCUGACAGCUUUGGAGAUGUCCAGACCACACCACAUAAGCUCGAGUGGGACAUGUUGCCUGAACUGAGCACAGCGUUGCGGUUUGCUGAGACCCGCUUGGCAGAUCUUAUCCAGCAAAACGAGUUUGCAACGCUCGAGUUCCCCCACUACGGCAAGAACUUCAUGACUUCGAUGGGCUUCUCACCGGACGCAUUCGUUCAGAUGGCCUUUCAAGCAGCCUACUACGGUCUUUAUGGUAAAAUAGAGUGUGUUUAUGAGCCAGCUAUGACGAAGGUGUACUACCACGGUCGCACUGAAGCUAUUCGUCCCGUCACAGAUGAAUCGGUGGAGUUUCUGACAACCUUUUGGGGCGAAAAUCCAGCAGCACAGAAGAUCGAGGCGCUUCGCAAGGCGUGCCAGAAACACACAGAGAAUACGAAAAUCUGUGCGAAAGCUCAAGGACCUGACAGACACCUGUACGCACUGUACUGUAUCUGGCAGCGCUCAAUGGACGAGUCUGCAGACUUUGCUAGUAGCGACGGCUGGGACUCUACACGGCCUUCAAGUCCCGAGGCAUCUGCAGUUGGUUCACCCCAACGCAACUCGGUAGUUUCUGAGAACGGAAGUAUGUCGAGCUCAUCGCCACCGCAUAUGCAGCAUUCCAUGCCUGCGCUUUUUGCAGACAGCGGAUGGGACAAGAUCAACACAACCAUUCUCUCAACUUCGAACUGUGGUAAUCCAUCCCUUCGCCAAUUUGGCUUUGGCCCGACAUCUGGUGACGGUUUUGGUAUCGGGUACAUCAUCAAAGAUGGCAGCAUCUCCAUCUGUGCUUCCUCUAAACACCGACAGACAUCGCGAUACAUCGAUGCCCUUGAGUCGUACUUUUUGGAAAUCCGCAAGCUACUCCGCCAGAUCAAGCGGCGUGGCACCUCUGCAGACAAAACUGCAUCGCGCGCACGCGAAGCAGAGAGCCGACCACUAGCGAACCGUGUCAAGAGCAGAGGCCGGAUCAUUCUAGGUGAUGCCGCCGGAAAGCAACAGACGCCUACUGAAAGUAUCGUUGAUGACGAAGAUGACGACGGACUUGGUGGAUAUGGCUUCUUCGAUGCAGGCAUGCUACGACAAGCACUCAACGCAAACCGGGAAGCUGAGCCCCUGGUCGAGCGAGAUGUUGUGCGCAGGAACAUUGGCCGGAGACUCAGGUUGGCGGAGUACUAG